AAUCACAUUAAGUUACCUCGUCUUCCUCUUAGGCUUUAAGCUAACAGCCUGACUGUAACUGGGAGAGUUUCCUUGGAACAGAAAACCCACGAAAAUGGUGGUGUUUUGCAGUCCCACUUCUCUUUCAUGGACUCAUUUCAUCUCUUCUUCUCUUCACAUCCCUCAAUCUUUCUCUGUGGGUGAGACUAAUAGAUUCAGGGUUUUUUGUGGAGCUGCUCCGUCCCAAAGGGAUAAUCACAUGGCUGUAUCAGUGACAGGAGCUACAGGUUUUAUAGGUAAAAGAUUGGUGCAAAGACUGCAUGCAGACAAUCAUAAUGUUUGUGUCUUGACACGCUCUAAAUCCAAAGCAGAGUUAAUAUUUCCGGUGAAGAACUUCCCAGGAAUCAUAAUUGCAGAGGAGGCAGGGUGGAAGGAUUGCAUUGAAGGAUCAAAUGCUGUUGUAAAUUUGGCUGGAAUGCCCAUAAGCACAAGAUGGUCUCCCGAGAUUAAAAAGGAAAUUAAGCAAAGCAGGAUCAGAGUCACUUCAAAGGUUGUAGAUUUAAUAAAUAAUUCACCUCAAGGAGUUCAGCCUACUGUGUUGGUUAGUGCAACAGCCGUUGGUUAUUAUGGCACAAGUGAAACACGAGUAUUUGAUGAGAGCAGUCCAUCAGGAAAUGAUUACUUAGCUGAGGUUUGUAGAGAAUGGGAGGCAACAGCGCUUAAAGUAAAUAAGGAUGUAAGAUUAGCACUUAUCCGCAUUGGAGUGGUACUUGGCAAAGAUGGUGGUGCUCUAGCUAAAAUGAUCCCUCUCUUCAUGAUGUUUGCUGGAGGACCUUUGGGCUCUGGACAGCAAUGGUUUUCCUGGAUUCACUUGGAGGACAUAGUGAACUUAAUAUAUGAAGCUUUAUCCAAUCCAUCUUAUAGAGGUGUAUAUUCUUCCAUUCAUCAACUAGAUCAUUGUUCUUGUUUUCCAUAUAAGAGUGUAUUUAUUAUGCUCAUUGACUUUUUCCAUAUGUUCAUCCUCCUUUUGUUUACCAAAAUCUCAGGAGUUAUAAAUGGAACUGCACCAAACCCUGUUCGAUUGUCAGAGAUGUGUGAUCAAUUGGGAAAUGUCAUGGGCCGACCAUCAUGGCUACCUGUGCCAGACUUUGCCCUCAAGGCAGUACUAGGGGAAGGUGCUUCAGUGGUUCUGGAGGGUCAAAAGGUGCUUCCUGCUAAAGCCAAGGAGUUGGGUUUCCCAUUUAAGUACCCUUACGUCAAGGAUGCCCUCAAAUCCAUUCUUUCCUAAGACUACAAGAUAGAUGCGUCGUCGUAUUCUUUUUUUUUUUUUAAUGUUUUUUGGUAGAGGUAUAACCCAUAGCUACCAAUAGAAUCACUGAAAUUUUUCU